UAAACAAGCGCGCAUAUUUUUCGAAGAGGAAGAACGUCAUCUCGUCAUAUUUCUGUAAGAAUGUGGAAUUCGGAAGCAAUUACCUCUCUUUUAGAGAAAGUACGCCAAGAAAAUGUCCUUUGGAAUAUAAAACAUCCAUAUUACCACAAGAAAACGCUGAAACGAACUCUGUUUGACAAGAUAUGUGUAGAGCUGAAAACAGAGUAUCCUCAACUUGAAAUUACAACAGUUGAAGUAAUGGACAAAUUCAAGUACCUUAGCGGCCAAUAUCAGAAAUGUUUAUGGAAAAUCAGGAAUGCUCCAAGUGGUUCCGCGGCAACAACUCCUAUUAAGUGGGAGCAUUAUGAGACAUGCUCAUUCAUGCAAUCUGCAUAUGAUUUGGGCCCUACUGAAUCCAGUUUCAUACACCCUGAUGACUUGGAACCACAACAGGAGCAAGAGGUGUUGUAUGAGGGACCUACAGAGGAUCUUGAGGAUUAUGAUAUAUCGGUAUCACCAACUUCAAUACCGUCAAAUCCAACACAUUCCCCUCUGCCUGAUAUUAAUGAAGAGAUCAUCAGAGAAAUACCUGAUCAGCCCAAUACCAGUUAUACAAAAAAAUCACAACUGGCAGUUUGUGCAGAGCAGGCCAUGAAAAAUACACGCCAUGACAUGGUUACUGAGUCUGUGAUGGCUGCCAUGAAGUUCUUCAGCAGUUAUGAAGAGGUGAAAAUGGACUUUACAGUAAAAGUGAUGGAGCUUAUUGCAGCAAAAACCAGAGAGUGUCAAGCCAUAGAAAAGAAAAGUAUAUCCUCGAACGUUAAGAAUAUAGAACAGAAAAUCAUGUGA